UUAUAAAGUUGUAGGAUCUGUAUUAUACAACUAAAUGAAGCGUUGAAUUGAAAGAUAGAAACACUAUUUGCGGCAUGGCAAACUUCAUUGUACAGUAAACAAACAAUAGCAAAGACUGAACUACAUGUACUCACACAGAGUCCAGGUUCCAGGUUCCCACACUGGAAGGACAAGCCGUUGGAGAUUUGCUGCAUUUUCCUGGAAAAGCAAAAAACCAGUUGUGUUGAUGUGACUUCAGUAAUGAGUUGGUACAAGAACAUGGAGCAGCAACAUGGGUAAUCAAUCAUGAUCAAAAUAGCGGCAGGUGUUGCAUCGGAUUGAUGGUGGAAGAUGGUGGAAACCAGGCAGCUAUAACAUGGCUGUUGGAAGCAAACACGCCAUCUACUCUCUGUAACAUGUAGUUUCAUAAUGUAAUAUCUUAUAAUUGUUUGAUAUAAUAUAGUAUGUUUUAUACAUAUAUUUACAUAUUUUAGAACAGCUUCAAUACCUUCUCAAUAACUGUAAGACAGCUGUUCAGGAUCUGGCAGAAUACAAACACACAGUCAGUAAAAUACAGAGUACAUGAAACAUGCCAACAAUUGCCCCGACCCAUAGAUAUAUAUAAACACUAGAUGGCUCAUGGGAGAUUUUCCAGCGUAGCUCACCGGCCGCCAUCUUGCUACAGUCAACAGGUACUCUGAUUCGCGUUAUGGUAGCUGUUGUAAGAAGUACCUGACUAUGCCGGACUUUUGUGCAGCCUACGGAUGCUCUAAUCACCGCAGUCUGCAAACAAGAACCCGUGGGAUCACCUUUCACGUGUUUCCCAAAACCGGAGAGAGGAGGAGGCAGUGGGAACUCGCCCUAAGAAGGGACGGUUUUGUUUCCUCUGGCAGGACACUGCUCUGCAGUGAGUACUUCAGGAGUGAGGACUUUGACAGGACGGGGCAGACUGUCCGGCUUAAAGAUGGUGUUGUGCCAACAGUAUUCAAUUUCCCAGCUCAUCUUCAAAGGCCGGAAGCAACAAGAAGCACAACCACUUCAAGAAGAGCGGAAGAUGAACCUCAGCCUAAUGUUGUGAGUAUUCUGAAUGUGGCCAAGACCAGAGAGAUGGUCAUUGAUUUCAGGAGGGUGAGGACGUCUCCUCUACCCCUGUGCAUUCUGGGAGAGGAUGUGGCUGUUGUGGAGGACUACAAAUACCUGGGAGUGCACUUAGACAAUGGGCUGAACUGGAGGAUCAACACUGACGCUGUGCACAAGAAGGGAUAUUAGAAGAAGGAUAUUAAUUUCCAUAUUACUAUUAUUUAUAUAUUCGUAUAUUUUGCCAAAGCAACAGGGAGCCACUGAGUGUUGUCAGGGCAGCAGAGUGGGUAAUUUGCCAGGCAUCAGCAGAUUCUAGACGAUCACAGCCCAUCAAACUGCUAGAGGUCCUCUACAUUGUGCGGAAGAGGAUAGGUCCAGAGGAUGUGUUUUUGCUCGGGGAGCACAUUGUCGACACACAGUAUGGCAUUGACAGUCACCACCAUACGCUGUUGACAUUAGUUGUGUCCCUGUUUUUUAAGCUAAGGCUGCAUCACAUUGCAAAAAUAACUGCUCUGAGCUUAGAGUGGCAGCAUGAGACAGAAGCUCACAAAAACAGUCCUUUUCAAAGGGCAUUAGCUCCAACUGUGUGUGCACGUGUUACGUGCCGUAGUGGGUGCUUGUGUGUCUCCCUCUCUUUCCCCCUGAUGUUUCUUCUUCUUUGUUUAAUGGUGAAUCGUUACCACUAGGAGCAUAUAUCGCCACCUACUAUGUAUUUAUUAAAUCUUUAUUAAAUCUAAAGAGGUGGGUCCUAUGCAGCCAAUGUGGUUCUUUGACCCAGCAUUUAUUUUUGAGUGAAGGUCACAUGACCUGGAAGUUAUUGAAGCAAUAUGCUCAUUUUCCCAUUCAAAUAUUAUAAAAAUAUUUACAGGGUGAAAAUGUAAUAAAAAGAGGUGUCCUAUGCAUCAAGUAUAGUUGUUUGAUUCAUAGCUGAAUUUGAGUCAUUAGGUCACAUGAUCUAGAAGUUAUUGAAGAAAUAUGCAAAUGUUUCCAUCAAAAUAUUAAAACGUAUUUAAAGUAUUAAAAUGCAAUAAAAAGAGGUCUGUUCAACAAAUGUAUGCUCUAGAGUGGAUUUGCUUCACAUUCACUCGAUCGGGAAGCUGUAGAUUUAUUAAAAAUAACAUGUUUCUUGUGUAAUUGAAAAGUCAUUUGUUGAUGGUCCCUAAGUGAAAGCCUCGUUUCGCGGAGAAGACCUCCCCGUUGUAAUACAGCCAGCAGCAGGGGAAACUGACGCUGCUGGCGGGUCCUUGAAUGUCCGUCGAAUAUCCAACCUAAAACUAACUUCACCGCGUUCCACCAGGAGCACCAAAUGGGGGGGAAGGAAAAAAGGAAUUAAAAAUGUAACUUUUACAAUUUGUUUUGCUAAUACUAUUUGUAAUAAGUAUUGGAUAACGAAUUCAGAACUGUCUACAUUGUGUAAAGCGACCGUACACAGAGCGGUCAGUGUUUGGCUUGAACUUAUUUGAUCAGUGGUUCUGUAAAAUGAAAAU